GUACAAUACAUCCUUCACACCUUUUUAUGCAAGGUCUUGCCACUGUGGUUAUUCGCCAUUAUAAUGCCUGAAAUCAUAGACCUAACGGUCUCUUCCCCACCACAAGAGCCUAUCGAGAUAUUGUCCGACGGGGAAAUACCUAUGGUCUCUCUCAACCAGGAAGAUCCUUCCUCGCAAAAGUCAAAGCGGAAGCCACGAAAACGGAAAAAGUCCAAAGGCCCUAUAUGCGAUGGUGUUAACAGCUCAAGAAACCAGUCUCUCGAGCGUCGAAGCACCGCAGAAUCUCGCGCUGGAACUGUUUCUCGAAGGCGAUCAGCGUCUCCAAAACGUCGCUCACCAGCUCCAGCACCUUCUGACCAGGAAUUGUUCUUCUUUGACGCCACCCCUGCUCCCGUGGUUACAGAGGCUACGCAAAGUUCAAAUUCCCAACCAGAGAGCUCCAAAAGUGCAGCAGACCGACUUCUACUACCCUCUCAUGUGUCUAUCUUGAGUGCUGGCGAGGAUGGUGCAAUACCGGUUGAAAUUAUUCCCCAACUACCAUUGGAUUCUGAGGAGGAAGAUUAUAUUGAAUAUCUUGACUAUGAAGAUAGGAAGGCACCCGGGCUUGUUCGAUACUUCGAUACGGAAGCGGAGGAGGCUGCUCACGCCAAAACAUCACGUUUUGUAUGCAAGAAUUGCGGUGCAGAGGGCGAGCAUAAGACAUAUGAAUGUCCGAUUCAAGUGUGUCUGACUUGUGGUGCUCGUGACGAACAUUCAACACGGAGCUGUCCUAUUAGCAAGACUUGCUAUACUUGUGGGAUGAAAGGUCAUAUUAACAAGACCUGCCCAAAUCGUUUCUCGCGUUCAAGGCUCGCAGCAGAUAUAGUCGAUUGUUGCGGCCGAUGCGCAUCGAAAGCUCAUAAGAUGAAUGAAUGUCCUACGCUUUGGAGAAUAUACCAGUACGUUACAGACGAGGAUCGCGUGAAAAUAUUGCAGAUCAGGGAAGAAAAAAAGAAACUUGGAUUUGGAAAAGGAGGCGAGGGAUACAUUGCAUCGGAGCUGUGUUGUUAUAAUUGUGGAAAUACGGGACACUUGGGAGAUGAUUGCGAUGAGGUCGCUUUUGUCUUUGACAUACCCGCUGAGCCCUCAGCUUUCAGCUCGCACAAUAUUAUGUCUGGACCAUUCUAUGACCCGGUAUCCGAGCCCGUUCUCAUUCGCCGUGGGCCGCGAGAGUUGCAGAAUGAAGAAGACAGACCUACCUUACGUGAUGACUGGGGUAUGGAUGCACCUACAAAUGUCGGAAAACAAGGGAAGAACAAAGACAAGGAAAAGAUGGCGAAGAGGUUCAGAGAUCAAGAAGAUGAUGACACAGGGGACUGGUUUAAUAAUCCCCGUAACAUGAAGAACCGCGGGAAUGACAAACCUGCGUCAAAUGGCCGAAAGGCUCUAAAAUUCGGCAGUUCGAUGAAGGACGUCGGACGCCAGUUCAUGCCACCCCCAUCAGAUUCACCUCGCAAAAGUCUUAUUGAUCGGUUAGGAGACAACCCUCACCGUGGUCCUCGACGGCGGAACGGUGACUACCACGGUCCAUCAAAGGAACCAGAAUCUUACCGCAUACGUGGAGCGUCACAUAAUGUUAGAGACCGGGAUGGUGAGUAUUCUCGUAGAGACCCAGGUCGUGACCGAGAGCGGCAGCGACGAGAUUCGCGAGAAUGGGACAAGGACAGAGACAGAGACAGGGGACAUGGACGGGGGAGCAGUGGACCCAGGUAUAAAGGUGGUUACUAUAGAUGAUUUCAACCCUAAAGUUGGCGGUUCGGGAGUGUGAUGAAAAGAGCGGCCCGAUGCAUUUCCCGCUAUCAGAGCUCUCACAGGAGACUCAGGGUACAGGGUGUCGGAUUGUAUACUAGGGUCGUCAUCCCGCACAUGCCAGUGAGGGACGGCGUCCCUGGUGAACAACCACUGGAUCCUAGUAGUACUUAGCGCUUAGCUUUUAGUUACCCUCAUCACGUUUGUCAAUUGAGUUUCGUUGAUAUAUCAUGAUCCAGUAUAUUGUACUGGUGCU